AUGCUUAAGUGGAUACAAGGAGGAAUCUCCUCGGUUACGGGGAUUGCCGAGCCUGAAUACGGCCCGGAGUUCAUCCACAGCGCUACUGAGCGGGUGCGUGGAAAGCAGCCGUUUCAUGAGACCAGCCGUCAGGAUUUGGCGUGGCGCAACAUCAGUUCUACUCAUGUUGAAACUGCGACGUUUUACUUCACGCAGAUACAGACUGGAAUGGCGGGGUUUGCGCAGAUCAUCUACUCCAAGAUCGGUGGACUGCCACGGACCGCCCAGUUCACUUUCAGGCUACACCAUGCCAGCCGCCCAGAGCUUGGCACAUGGACUUCUACGAAGCUAGAAAAUUUUCGUGUUGAGGGCGCUAACUUCUACGCCGACAACUUGUCGCUAGAGCUAGAUUCCACUGCUACGUCCUAUACCUUGCAGUCGUCUGUUACGGCUGACAGCGUGGUAGACAUCACGUUCAAGCGGCUGACGCCGGGUGUGAAGGUUGGUGAAGAUCCAACCACUUACUACGGAGAUAACACUAAAGAACCAUGGGGAACUAUGCGUCACGUGUUCUGGCCGAGAAAUUCUGUCAACGGUACCGUGGUGGUACAUGGCGAAAUGAUUACUCUCAAGAAUGACUAUUCUGUGAUGAUCCUUGCUCUACAGGGGAUGAAGCCACACCACGCAGCCAAGGCCUGGAAUUUCCUCAACUUCCAUUCGGAGACACACUCUGUAUUGCUGAUGGAGUUCACUACUCCAAAAUCUUAUGCCAACACGAAGGUGUCUAUAGGUAUCCUAUGUGACAAAGACAGUGUCCUCUCUGUCACGAUAGACAAUGAGGUGGAGCAUGUGAAGCCAAAAACCGAUGAAGUUGGAUGGCCGGUUCCAAAGGCACUCUCCAUGAAAUUCACCGGUAUCCCCAGUUCCGUGCCGGACAAGGAGGUUGCCUCUGCGGAGAAACUCUCCGCGCGCGUGGAUAUUGAGCUUAAAAAUCUAGUCGAGCGGGUUGAUGUCAUGGCUGAGAUCCCUGCUUUUGUGAAGAAUAUCGUGAGUGGCGUUGUCGGGACCAAGCCCUACAUAUACCAAUAUGCGAAUGAAGCGUUGUUGACGUAUGCCGGUUCUGAGUACAAGGGCUUUGCUUGGUCGGAGGUGACCUUCAUUUCCGAGUUCGAAAACUGA